AGUGGUGGCUGGCAACACCGUUACUACCACCCUUCGUUUUGUUCUUUCGUGUGUGCAACGUUUUUUGGUUUUAUUUAUUUUCUUUGUUUUCAUUUUACAUAUUCGUUUUUAAUUCUUUACUUUUAGAAACCUAAAUUUUCUUUUGUUUAAGACAGCCUAUACUAAAAGCGUGCUGUUGAAUUAAGGUCAUUGUGUUAAAUAAGUGAGUUAUUGUGAGUCACCAUAGUUUUUGUUUGUGCAGUGUGUAUAAAUCAAUCGUUCUAAGUGAUAACAUGGGUGUCCAUAAUAUUAUUUUGUGAUUGUGGGUUUGCGAAAUCUUUACCAAUGGAUACCCCGCCUAUUCCUAAGCCUAGAAGCGCAUUUUUACCUCAAAAUGAUCCACUAAAACAGCCCGUUCCACUGCCUCGUACUAAAGUACCUCCCAAUGAUCGAGGUUCGGCUUCAGAAAUUCUUCGAUCGAUAAGUUCAGUUUCAAAACAAUUAACAGAAGAUGUGGCCUCGAAGCUUAGCAGCUCCGCAAAGUCCGCUAAUGAGAAGAUAGAAAAAUCGAUAAUAGACGGGUCGAGGUUCGCCAGAGGUACAUUAGAAAAAACCAUUACAACAUCUCGCGCUGUGAGAGAUUCCGUUACUAAGUCUGUGAUUGAGGGCACACGGUCUGCCGGCCUCAAGUUACGACGCUCAACGAAACCUGACAGUAUAGAAGAACCAGAUCAGAGAUGUGUGUCCAUGCCUGUUGUAGAUGUGAGUUUAUUUGAUAAUAUUCAGUUUCAUUCACCUUUGUUAGAACAGAAGAGAUAUAAAAAUGAAGAUGACACUGAAACGGCAGACAUACCUCCUCUUCAGCUGAAUGCUAGACAUUUAGAUGAUAUGUCGUUAUUUUCUAAUCAUUCUGACACUAAUACAGAUACUGUCAGUAACUUUUCUCAUGAUAGCAGAGAAUUAGAUGACAAUUCCAAUGAGCAUCUAACCUAUGAUACUCCCAAACCUUCAAGAACUAACAGCAUUGUGAGUUUUGGAUCAUUCCCAGAAAUACCAGAAAGAAGAAAAAAUAGAGAGUCUGUUGAAGUAAUGAGACAAAACUCCAUGUAUGAAAAUUGGACUCUUCCAUUUCAAGCUAAAAAGGAAAAUAAAACAAAAGAUGUUGAAUUGGUUACAGAAAAUACAUCAAGACCAAGUAAAAGUACAAUAUAUGAAUUUGAUCCUUUGCAUAAAAGUAGUACAAGCUCAAAGUACCAAGGAGUUAGUAAUGAACUUUUGCUUCUUGAGUCAUUUCUCACUGGAGAUACAUAUGGUACCAUAGUCUCUAACGAUACUAAUGAUGAUAAGUUUAAUUUUGAUGAGAGUGAUUAUUUUAAUCCUCCAACACCACCUGAGAGAUUUGAUAGUUUAUUCCCUGAAGAAAAGCCAACUGAAAGGGUGCAAAAUAGAGAUAAAAACUCAAAUUGGUUUGUGUCAGAUUCUGAUUCUAAAUCGAUUACAGAAGACGAAACAAAGCAAUCAAAUUCAGUUAUACAAAGAUUCUCAAGAAGGCUGAAGUUAGACAAUGUUCUUAACAAAUCAACUAAACAAACAUUACCAAAGAUAGAAGUGGUCGAAAGGCCUCCUGUUCACACUCAGCCUGUGCCAUACUUCAGUGGCAUCCUUAUGAAGAUAGUGUCUGGAGUAGUAGAAGACUUAUUUAAAAAUUCACAAUCUCGGUAUUGUGUUUUAUCUGAUCAGAAGUUAAUGUGUUACACAGACCCUACAAAUUCAAUCCUUAAAGAGGCAUACACACUCGAUAACAUUUAUUCAAUUCAAAUAGUCUUGCCACUAUCUUCUAGCACUACCAGCAACUCAUAUUGCUUCGAGUUGUCUGUCUCAUCUGGAGGGAUCCGGAACACACCGCGCAAGAUCCUGUUCAGCUGUGCGAGUGCUUCUGAACGUCGACAUUGGGCACAGAAAUUUGUAGAGCAUCUCACAAACAACUUUUCAACAAACCACACUUCGGAGAUUACAAGAUGCGGAUGGUGUUAUCUUAAGGAAGGGGUAUCCGGAGAAUGGCGUGGCGCUUGGCUGAUACUUGUACGACGUGUCUUAGUCUACACGACCAAAGACUCUAAUGUAUGCACCGUAGAUCUUAGGAAGACAAGAUGUGUCGUAACUCAAGAUGCCGAUGAUGAGAGCAAACAGUUGUGUCCGGCGGAUUGCAGCAGCAAUCUGUUGUUGGAUUGUCCCCACACAACUCUUUAUUUAAGAUUCCCGCACGAUCGAGAAUUAAAGGGCUGGCGAUACAUGAUCAAGUUGGCGUCUUACAAUAACGGUUCACAUAUACAUCACCAGCAGCUCACCAAAGAGGACGUGCCGGCCGUCGUCGACAAAUGCCUAAGUUUUAUUUACGCUCACGGAAGUCUCACUGAGGGCAUAUACCGUCGAGCGGGUAGCAGUUCAGUAUUGUCUGAGCUGCUCGCCAGGUUCAGGAGGGACUCGUGGUCGGUCCAGUUGAGUCCCGGUCAACAUUCGGAGCACGACGUCGCCGGUGUACUAAAAAGAUUCUUCAGGGAUCUACCAGAGUCACUUAUACCUAAGGACAAUCAUCAGGUUCUGAUCGGCGCGCUCGAAAUGAAAGAUGAGACGUCCCGCCACGCGGAGUACCGCCGUGUGAUGUCGUCCCUAUCCCUGGUCCCUCGGAACACGGCCCGGAAGUUGUUCGCUCAUCUACAUUUCCUGCACACGAUGUCGCACGCGAAUAAAAUGGGCGCAGAAAAUUUGGCUUCCGUUUGGGCGCCCACAAUAAUGCCGACCGCUUUGACGAGCAACAAUUUGCAAACUGCCUGGUCGUCGAAAGAGGUGCUAGUCGUUAGAGAUCUGAUCGCGAACUUCGAAGCAAUAUGGGAGCCUACUGAAGCGGAGAAGAGACGCGAGGCGGCCGUCAGGAGAGUACUGAUGAGGGUGCUGAGUAAUUCAGCUCCGGCGCCGCACAGGGCCGCUGGCGACCUCAAGGCCUGGAUCCACGUGAACGACAGGAGUCAGUGCUAUCAAGUGGCGCUCACCCCUAACAAGACGAGCUCCGACGUAUGCAUAGAGCUGUGCGAGAAGGCCAAAACCGAAUCGCAUCUGCUGAUGCUCGAAGAGGUUGUGUGUAACGAGUCGAUGCGUCGUAUAGUGCACAUUGACGAGAUCGUACUAGACGUGGUGCUCAGGUGGGGGUAUUGGGACGAGGACGACAGAAAGGAUAAUUAUUUGCUGGUGAGAGAUAAUAAAACGCUUCAGGAUAUGGAUUCGUUGAGACAGACCACGUCGCUUGUGUGCGGCGAAAUGAGGUUCGCAAAUGAAUCGAUGAAGACAUUCAAACAGCACAUGUUCGAGCUGCAGAAUAGAUGCUUGUGUUACUUCAAAGAUAAACAGGGUUCGCAGAAAAUCGAAGAAUGGAACGUCAAAGAUAUCCUAUGGUACAUCGGCCACGAACCGAAACGUAAUCCACAAACCCGUUGGGCGAUCACCUUUAUACCGAGGAAUAAAGAAAAAAGGAGCAAAGAGAAACCGUGGUUCGGUAAGACAAUAGCCGGCGCGGUAACGGAAGAUCAACUAAAGUGGAUGUCGGCACUGAUGUUCGCCGAGCACACGAGCAUACUACCAACGCCUCGACUGGUUAUAACAUAGUCAAUUAUUCAUAAAAUACCUUUUAAGCAUGAAUUAUCAAAAAGAUGUACCAGGUCGGAUAUAUUGCCAUUUCCAAAGUACUUGUGAUUCAGUGUAUAUUUUUCUUGGCCUUUUUUAAUAUAUCUUUAAUUAUAACUUAUAAUAUUAAUUUUUGGUCUGAAUCGCUCCGACCUUGUGCAACUAAUGUUGAAUGAAAAUAAGAAAUUUUACUCUUGUAAAUAAAUAAGUAUAUUGUUUGGCCCGUGUCUGAGCUAGCUGCUUAUCGAGACGAAUAGUGACGUCACAUAUUUGAAAUGCACGCGGUAUUAACAAUCCGAGAUCGGUCCUGCGAUUUAUCGUAAAACGAUUCUUAAUUAAACACGUAUUUGAACGUCAUAAUCAAAGAUACCACUAUGUGAUGCAUUGAUUCGUCAAUAUUUUAUUAAAUCAUGUAACUUUUAUUACAUUUUUAUUUUAUUAAAACGUCACGGAUUUAUCGCUCGCUGGAAUGAUACGUUGCCUUUAAAAGAUUCCGUAUUGUUUUGUAACAGCUUCAAAUCGGGGAUUCCAUCGACUAUUUCCAAUUUCGCAUACGAUAGACCGGUGAUAAAAAAAUGUAAAUUAGAUUGUAAAAAAAAAACAUAAUUUAUCCCACAAAGAACCCGAUGGAUAUUAUUGAACUAGAAAGACAAUCAUCGAAACGGCUUUUUAAAUUAUUCAAGUGAUUUUAGCAAAAUUACCACAAAAAAAACCUUGCAGUCCUGUUAUUGGCCAUCGUCAUAUAAAUCUUGUCUGCUAUGACUUUAGCAUCUCAGCUGUCAGCUGUCAGCUUUCACCUGUCAGCUGUCGCUCGAGCUAGGUUUCCAUUACUAUUCCUCCUAAAAGGGCCACUACAUUAUUAUAAAACUGUCGAUUGAGUCAACUAUGACAGCCUUUUUUUUUUAAUGUGUGUUUUAUGUAGACAUACGAGUUUAAGUACAUAAUAUGAAUAAGGAAAAUUAUCAGUACAUAAAAUAAUCAUAAAUGUAAUUAUGUUUAUUUCGAAUGUCACAAGAGUUAUCGAGUUACUUAUGAUUUUAUAUUUUUUUUAAAGUACUAUCUUUAGUGUUUUUUCUUUUUAAUUAUUACUUAUUAUAUUGUACAAUAGUUAUGUCAUAGUUAUAAUAUAUUUUAUAUAUAGUUAGUCAUUAAGUUCUAUAAAUCUAUUUUGAGUUUCGUAAAUACGGAAUAUGUAAUUCGAAAUGAACAUUUUCUAUUCGUGUUAGUUUUUAGUUUUAUAUUAAUAGUUUUUAGUCAAUAUAUAAAAUAAUAUAUUCAAUUUUCCAAUUGAGCGGUAUAAGAUUACUUAUAUUUUUUUGUAUGCAUGUUAUAUAUCUUUAUUGAUUAAAGAUAAUAUUACAGACUUGCCGUUUGUUGAAUAUUAACUUCGCUUAUAGUCAAAGUGCGACAGAUAUAUUUCGGAAAAUCACGUUUAUUUAUAAUACGUGGAUUUUUACAUGAUUUUGGUAAGGCAUGGCGCCUGAGUCGAUGUGUUUCAAUCUCGCUUUAAAAUGACCUAGUGGAAAACAUAGAUAUCUUGAAACGAUUCGCGCGCCACCUACCGUACGUUUACGGCUUAAUGCCACAAACCUUACUAGUGUGCUUAGUGCGAGUUGUUUAACGCUAUUGAUAGCGUAAAACUUAACUCAAAUUUGUAUGGAGUUGGAACAGCGCCCAUAGCGGCAAUCGUAGGGAAACUUUCCGACUAUUGCCAUCGAGAACGUGAAAAAGCUCACACUAAGCACACUGAAGUGAUGUAUGAAACUAAUUUACUAUUGCUCAGGUUUAGAAACGCACAUAGGCGAAACAAGCAAAUACAUUUUUGUUUAUAUCGAUAGACUGGAAACAAGACUCACUUAACUUUUGAACGUUUUCCGUAUUAAUUGCAUAAUGAUGUACAUAAUUACACAUAUGUGUAUUAAACUGAAUAAUUGAAUAAAUACAAAUGGUAAUAAAUUAAUUAUGUACUUGUGAGCGAUAUCUAGUGUGCUUUUAGCAAAAUUCAUAAUAAUCACUACAUAGUAUAAAACAAAGUCGCUUUCUCUGUCCCUAUAUCCCUAUGUAUGCUUAAAUCUUUAAAACUACGCAAUAAUAGAUAAGUAAUUAAUGUAGUGUCAUCCCUAGUAUUCACGGUUAGCAGUCAACAAUGUAAUGAAAAUUGAGCAUUUUAAUUUUACAAGACAUUUAUUGUCUCUCUUAUAAAGUGAUUUAGGAAAUCAAGUGUUUUGAAUUAAUUAUAUAAACAGUUUUUAAUUAAAACGAAGGAUAGUUUCCUUUAUGGGAACUGUGAAGUAGAUCUGGCGACGCAUAUUUUAUUAUUAUAAAUAUUUGUUUCGAUAAUAACGUUAAAAUGAUGUAAAGUGAUCCCCUCUAUGACACGGUAGAUUGGUUCCCCGUUAUAGAAAACGCGUUGUAGGAGUAUUCUCACAUAACGCGCUUGUGUAAUCCCAUAUAACGCGCUAUGCACAAAUAUAAUAUAAAUCAUAUAGUUAUACAUUUACAUUUACAUACAAAUAUAAUACAAUAUAAUCAAUGUUUUUACAUUUUACAAUAAAAAAAUUGGGAACACAAAUUUAAAAAAAUUAAUUUAUUUAAUUUUAUAACAACACAAUUGACACAAUGUGAAAAGGUACGCAAAUUGAAUUAUGAAUCUUACAAAUCAUUAUAAACUUCAUAGUACAGAAAUAUUUAUAACAAAUAUCAAAUAAAAAUAUUUUAUUUUCUACCUAUGCUCAUAUAGCUUUGAGAGACUAUAUCAGAUUCACUCUAACGUGUAGGUGAGCUCACGGGGCUCAAACCGGAGUGGUGCUAACACUGGCCCUAGCAAGAACAAUGCUUCGCAGAAUCUACCAUCGGAUCGAAAACGCGACCCACUGAGAAGAUCCGGCGAGAAACUCAGUGGGCUGUAUCUGUAGGUUAAUUUACUCGCCGAUCCCCUCGUCGCAAGCGACUGGUUUGACGAGAACAAUGACCAGUUAGCGUAUGAAAUCCCCGCGUUGUAUGUGGGGAUACUCAUGUUUGAAAUGCGUUAUAAGGGGGAUUACUGUAUCUAUAAAAUCAGCAAUAUACAUAUUCUCUAAAAUUAUUACAUUUAAUUGGGAAAUUUUACUUUUAUUUAAAUUCCAUCAUAAUACAUAAUACUACAUAAAUAUGUAUUAUGAUGGAUAAUACAUAAAUACAACAUUGAAAGCAUCCCGCUCGCGAUUAGCAAGCCCGUCGCAAUAACAAUAAUAAUAACAAUGUAUUUAGGGCUACGUACAUCGCAGUGGUUAGCGCUGCAACGCGAAUAUUCAACGAUGACAUGUUACCAAAAUAUAUUAAUUACAUGGUAGAAUAUUUUAAUAUUACAAGUGGCAACACUAAACUCUGAGAUCCCUGAAAAUGGUCCCAAAAUUACAUACAUACAUGCUUAGAAAAAGUGUAGUGUUUAGUUUUAUGUGAACUAGUGUGUAAAAAAUUUAGUUAUGUACUACUCUUAAUAAAUUUGUUACAUACGGCAAGCAUGCUGUAUUAUCAAUUAUUACAGAAUAUUAAAGUGUCAAUAAAUGUACAUUUUACCCUACUUUGGAAACAACGGCAUAGCGAUGUAUAUCGGGUAUUUUAUACUGAAAAUAAAAAAAAAACUAUAUAAAUUUUAUAUAUAAAAACUAUAUAAAACCAUUUUUAUUUUAAUACAAAUAUUUUUCGUGUAUUGAUGCAUACAUAAUGUGUGCAUUUUGUAUAUCACUAUGUAAGAUAUAGUAUAUAAAAAUAAAAUUAUGGUAGGUAUGGUAUGGUAUAAUAUAAUAAAUAGGAAAAAAGAUUUAACUUUCGUAAAAUAUUAAUUGUAGUCUAGUUGAUAAAAGGGAAGGUCUUCCACCGAACCGGCUGUAUUAGCUCGGAUGGACACUUCGAUUGUUCUUUUUGAGAACUUUUAUGUUAUACAGGGUGUAAGGGAAUCUUCCAGCCAGGAAGCCAAUAAUAUAUAAACGUUAGAAAUAAAGUGAUGUGGGGAAGUACCACCGGCCUGUUUAUUUGUGCCCAGAACAGUAAUGCGUUACAAUUUAAAGGGUGGGGUUGGUGAGUGGAUAAUAUAAUUCAGAUUUCGACCUUAUGCUUCAAGACAGAAGGGUGAGCGGCGGUGUUCUGUUUAAUCAAAAACAAAAAACAAAUGCAUAUCAUUUUGAAGAAUUAAAUUCUAAUUUUAAUGCGUUCGGAAGUUCGUUAAGCCGCGCCAGUUAACAUUAAAAUGCAAUUUAUUUUUUAAUUUAAAUUCCGGCUUUGUUAAAAAUAUAAUAUUGUUUACGCCAUUUUUUAUAUAUACUGAUAACUAAUUCCGGUUAUAUGUUGAUCUAGUGAUGAGGAUAGUGAUCAUAGUGCAGAUGAUAGUGCAUCAAAAAUCGAUAUCAUAAAAGAAGAAAAAAAAAGUUGCUUUUAGAAAUAUGCAUAAUGCAUUAUGCAUUAUUAUAAUUAGUGUUGUAAAAUAGAAUUUACUCCCUAUAAAUCGGAAGUCGGAAACGCUGCGUAUAGCUUCCGGCAAUCAAUUAUCAAGUGCCUUUGUAGUUAAAAAAAGAUAUAUUAUCAUAGUGUAGUUCUUCAGAAAUGCUUAGUCCAUCAAUUAGACCAUCUAUAAUGCACAUAUCUUACCAUCCAUACUAACAUAUAUAUUAUAAUAUAUUAUCGUAAUUGUCAUCUAUAAUGCACAUAUCUUACCAUCCAUACUAACAUAUAUUAUAAUAUAUUAUCGUUAUUGUUACUGAAUAAACUGUAUUAGGUUAAAGCGUUUCCAUUCGAAAUAGACUGAGUAUUUAAACGAAUUAUUGAGAUACGUUUCGUUGUAACAAUGUAAUUAUAUAGUUAAAUAAAUUGCAUCGCAUGUUUCCUAAAAACUUUCUAGUAUAUACAUAUACAUAUAGUAACGCAGGGUAAAUGAAAGUAAAUAAAAAUGUUUAUUCUACAAAUAACUUUGCUUGUCGACCGUUUUACGCUGAUAUAGCCUCUCAAGGCUAUCAGCUUAGGUAGGAAAAAAAAACGACGCUCUAUUUAAAAUCUCAUUUUUAAAAUAAUACCGGGUAAUGUUGUAUGUACUCUAAAAUAUUAUUUACUAAUAUCGGUCCAUAAUAUAUUAUUUCUAUCUAUUUUACAGAAGUUUUUCGCAGGUUUAUUAUUAUUAUUAAUACACAUUUAUUUAAUUUAGUGAGAUGUUUUCGAAGUUUGAAUUAAUUAUGUUGCAAUAUUGUUUGUAAUAUUGUAAUAGAAACUGGCAUAAGAUUUUAAAUUUAUUUUCUUAGUGAGUUAGUGGCAUAGUUGAAUGCGGCAUACCUCACGUGCCCCAUGCCGUUUCUUUGGAAUGAUCAAUAAAUUCCCAAAUCAAAUAGAAAUAUUUGCAAAUGUAGGUACUGUUGUAGUGUAAUAUUAAAAUUGUAAUUAAUCAUAUAACUGUAAAUCAUAAUAUAUAUUACUGUAGCCUUGCAGUGUAAAGAUUUUUUCAAAUAUUGUUAUUUGAAUAUAGAAUGUUGAUGUGAAAUCGGAAAAACAAUGCUUAAUUUAAUAACAUAUUACAAAAGUUCAUAUAAUAUUUGAAUACGUUUUUAUAAUAUUCACUUUUAGCAAAAUAUAGUAUCAUAAUCUAUUUUGUUAUUGAAUUCUUGAUAUAUAUACUCUUAGAAUAUAUAAUAAUAUAUUACUUUAGAAUUGUAGGAGACAACUUUGCUGUCUAUGGGUUCGGUGUGAUAAAAUACUAUUUUAUUUUACUUUAAUUACUUUAGAGGGGAUAUAUUGUGGCGCUCCUAAAACACCAAAGAGACGGAACGUACGUUGCUGAAAUGAUCUAUUGGAUAACAUUGUGACGGAUAAUUCGAUCAUAAACUAGACUAGCUGUACUCGUCCGCUUCGCUGGGCAUUUAAAAUUAACAAUAUGAUUUCUCACCCCCACAAAGAUUCUCAUUAUUAACGCCCCCGCAACUGGUGUAGGGAAUCCAACUCUCCUAUAAAUAUUAGCCAAUCCAUUAAGUACAUGUAUUUUCUACAUGGAUACUUCAAUCGGAUGCAUGGUUCAGUAGUUAUAACGGAGCAUCCGUAAAAACCACUGUAGAUUUAUAUAUUAUAUACUAGAUAUAUCAGAUUCCUCUCCAAAAAAUCUUUAUGGCAUCAUUGGCAACUGUUAAAAUCGGUUAGGUGAUAAAUAAAUUGAUAAGAGCGAUUGACAGACUUGAAAACAUCGGGACCACGUCUGUAGCCUUUGAGGUGAGAGGGGGGAGGGUAUCUUUGAUUUCGGCGGCUUAUAAUCAUAGAAAUCCUGUAUUUUAUUAGAGAAUUUAAUCAUUUUACGAAAUAUUGCAUAGAUAUUUGUAAAAGUCAUUGACUAAUAGAUCUUAAGGAUUUUUUAUUGUAUUGUUGUAGUUUUUUUCUUUUUGUUUUAUUGAUUUCCUUAUUUUUAUAACAAUCAGAACAUGUUUAUAAUAAAUGUUCCCACUACCAUGUGGGACGUGUAGUCUGAGAGUGAGACAUGAAUUGGUUAACUAGACCUCUUCUAGGUUUUUAUUUGGCAACUAAAAGUAGGUGUCGCGGGAAAACGAAAAUACCGUAAACACUUGAUUUCCUGAGUUACUAAAAAAUAUUUAGUGCUUAUCGUACAUGCCUUAAGUCUAGUUACACAUGGUUGGCUGAUUAGUAAAUAAUAAUGUAGUCGCUGUGCAUAUAAUUGGUUUCAUUAUUAUUGAUUUGCUUCAAUUUCGACUUCCGUACCGCGAGAUGAAUGAGAAAUAUAAAUGAAUACAUUUAAGAUACAUGAAGAAAAACAAACAGUUAAGUAUUUGUUGCCUGGAUUACAACUGUAAGCUAAGGACUAUAAGCAGUUUAAUAGUUUUUAAAUUUCUCUAAACAGCUAUUGUUUCUUAACAAAUAGUUCGGAGUGAUGAAUUUUUUUUAUCGUUUGAAUCAAUUCAUUUAUUAUAUUUAUACGUAAUAAUUCAAGUUGAAUUAACUUAAUCAAAAUCAACUGUAAAUAUUUCACUAUUCAUUUAUAUUAGGCUAUUCAUUUUUAAAUACUUUCAACACAGCGUCGAGUGAAGAUUGUAAAAUAAUUAGGUAAAUAAAAUUAAGAUUAACGAAAUAGAAAAUCAUGUGUCAACGAUAAAUCUGAAUAUUAUAAAUGCGAACGUUUAGUGGACUUAUUUGCAUUUGACAAACGUUUUGAUUUUUAUACAUAUAUAUAAAACUUGCGUAAUUUAUUUAAUAAAUAUAUCUCCACGAUCAAUAAAUUCUUAUUUUAUAAAUAUAAUAACUAACAUUAAAAACGGAUUUGAUUAUUUGAAUUUUAAUUCAGUAAUUGAAAUUUUGUUUGUUUAUCUGCUCGUAGUAAUUUUAUAAACUCUGUAAAAUAUUAUUCGUUGAGGCUUGCACUCACGUGGCGGUGGAUAAUAAUAAUCUAUCUUUCGUGAAUGGAAUAUAUUUUUCUGAACGAAAGGUGAUCAUCCCCGUAUAUCUUUUACUUUGCCCCUGACAACUUGUAAGCAAAGUUUCAUGAUGAUCGGAUGAGUAGUUAAUACUUGAAACUGUAACAAACAAACAAACAAACAUACUUUCCAUAAUAUAGUAGCAGGUACAAUAUGGAUUUGUAAUAUAAUUUUUAUUGAACAAACUGAAGAACAUGGACUGAAAAUUGGUGACAAAAUGUUCAUUGUAUUUUAUUGCUCGCAUAUCAAAUAAGUGUACUAGAUUACUAAAUUGCCAAGUAAAUUUACUAGAGAUAUAUAUUUUUAAGGUUGUCAACAUAAAAUAAUCCUAGUAAUGGAUUUAGUUUGAUCAUAUCAAAUCAUUAAUACUAGCGAUAAGUACUAUAAUUGAGUCGUCUAUUAUCAAAGGUGGCAAUCUGUGCAUUUUGACCAAAAAAAAUUAUUGAUAUGUCAAUACAGAUUGAUUUGAAUAUAAUCGUCUCCUUCAAAGAAUACGGUUCAAAACCUGCAUUAAAUAAAGGUUAAUAGUUAACCUGUUAUUUAUCUAAGAUGUCGUUCCGAAGAGUUUUGUGACUGCCGAUGGAAUACAAAGUCAAUAAUUCAUUUUUCUGAUUUACCAAUCAUUGUCCAAAAGUCAGAUUGCCGGCUUUGAUAAUAGUCUACUCAAUUACGACUAUUCUAUUAAACUGGUGUCUGUGUGAAAAUUCUACUAGAAUCUAUGCUAUGUUUUCAUAUUGUAAAAAUCAUAUUAUGUACAAUAAAUCAAUGAAAUCGAUCGAAAUGAAA